UCUUUAUUAUCUAUGAUGAUUAUGUAGUUGCUGUUAUCAGGUUAUCUAUUUUUGAUAAUGACAACAUUAUAAUUUACAAUAACAAAAACGCAUGCAAUUUUAAAAAUUGUUUUUCUGGAUUACAUUCGACUAUUAUGAUAGAAUACCUCAAUUUAUUGAACAAUUGAAUUGAUUUACAAUUUUGUAUGUUUUCAUAAUUAAAAGUUGCAGCACAUUUCAUGUUCAAAAUAAAGUGUAAUACACCUCAUCGUUAACAUAACUUGACCUAAUACGUUUUAGGUUUGUCAAAAGCAUCUAUCAUGGAUUGGAUGUACGAUGGUACACGAGUACAAAAAGACGACUACCUUUUGGGGAAAAAAAUCGAUAGAAAAUAUGGCGAAAGCACAGAUAACGAUUCAAUUUUGCCACCACAAAUAUGCGCAUCAGAUAAAUUUUCUCAAGUAGAUUUGACAAAAAAAAUUUCAGAAGAUCCAUUGGUUAGUAUAAAAAAGCGGGAAAUUGAAUGCACGCAGAAAAUUCUUCAAAAUCCGAUGCGCCUGAAAAAACAACAAAAUAUUCCCAAAGAAAAACACACUAUUGAUGAUCAUCAGUUAGAUAUGAUACUAGUUAGCCGUUUGAAAUCAUAUGAAAAAGCUGGAUUAGAUCUUGCAAAGAUACUGUCAAUUACUAAACAUAAAGAUAAAAAAGAACACAAAAAAAAACACAAGACAGAUACAUCGAGUUCUGAAGAAGAUGAAAAAUCGACGAACAAGAAAAAAAAGCAUAUACAAAAGUCUGGCAGUUUUGAAAGAGAGGACAAAAAACAAAAUGGUAAAAAAUCUCUUAAAUAUGAAGAUGACAAGCAAAAAAACAACAAAAAUAAGAGAGAUAGACAGAGGUCAAUUUCUUCUUCAGAUGAUAAAGAUUCUUCUAAGAGAAAUAAAUUAAUAAAAGAAUAUAAACAUCAUAAAAAUGAUGACCAUAAAUACAAAGAUCAUCAUAGAAAACAUAAAUCAGUAAGUACUGAUGAUAAUGAUGACAAUCUGCAAGAUUAUAAAAAAAAAAGAAAUGAACGUAACAGAUCCAUCUCGGAAGAAAAAUAUGAACAAAAUGAUAAAACUUCAAAAAAUAAAUAUAGAAAUAAUCAUCACGCUGAAGAAGAUAAUAAGAAAAAAUACAGUGAUAAUAUGAAAAAAGAUGAACAAUAUAAACAGCAAGAAUCUAAAAAUAGAGAGAAAAGACAUGAUAAUAAAAGGAAACGAAUACAUUCGAGUUCAGAUAGAGAAUUGGAACGGAAAAAACCAAUCAGUGCUUCUGAACAAAGUAAAUAUAAGACUAAAAGUAAUGACCACCAUCAUAGACCAAACAGUUCUGACAAAGAACACGAGUCAAGGGUUUCCAAAGAUUCAAAAAAAAGGCAUGGAUAUCGUACAAAUUUGAAUACUCGAAGAAGUAGAUCAUCAGAGAGUCCCCCAAGAGGGAACAAACAUCAAAAAACAAAUGAAAUUAAAAAAGAUAAAAACAGACGGAAAGCUAGUCUUUCGUCAAGUUCAGAUGAUGAAAAAAAGAAUAUUAAUGCAGUAAAACAGAACAAAAAUAACUCCAAACAUCGACAUAGUUUAGAAAUUCAAUCAGAUAAUGAAACUGAUGAACACAAAGGGAACAAGAACUAUGGAUUAUAUGUUCCUAAAGGUAACAUUGUAAAAAGAUCAUCUAUUAGUCCGGUAACUAUAAAAGAAAAAAAAAAUUCAAGUAUUGUCCGACCCAAAACACCACCUGCCAAGAAAAAGAAAUUGACUGAAAAAGAAAUGGAGAAAAUGAGAAUAGAAAUGAUGGAGAAUGCUAAAAUUAGAGAUAAAGAACGUACUUCCAAUGUCAAACGUUAUAGAAAAGAAGAUAUAAAAGAGGAAGAAAAACAAAAACCAUAUAACAAAGAGUUUUUAAUUAAACAAUUUGCACAUGCGGCUUCACAAGUCAGUGUUGAAAGAAGUAUCAAGUCAAGUGUCAAUAAACUGCAAAAGAAUAGUAAUAGUAUUGCUGAUUAAUCUCGUAUAUUUGAAUGUAAAUUAUCAAUAUUUUUUUUUAAGCUAAUAAUUGAAAUCAUAGCUUUAAUAAUAUUUGUAUUUUUUUAUGCAUUUUAUGCAAUAAUUAAGUUAGUUUGUUUUAAAUUAUUUAUUACAUUUAUAUGUUACCAUUAAUGUGCAUAAAAGUUAAUUUGAUUUAUUUACCUCGUAUUCACCUUAUGUGAACUAAAAAUACAUUUAUAUGAUCAAAUUUCCAAUUUUAAAAAAAUGUCAGCAUUAUUUGUUUUCUCUCUGACCCAUGAGCUUUGCCAAUAUAGUAAAUUGGUAUUCGGCAGAACCAAUUUUUUGAUGUUAGUUUUAAUAUUACAUUGAAUAAAACUUUAAGUUAAGAACAUUAUCUAUGUUAGCACUUUGAAUUUUUUGAUAUUUGAAUUUUUCUGCAUUAUGUGACCAUUUUUGAACUGUUAUAUUUUAUAUACUUAUAAUUUGCAUAAACACUAAAAUUCCGAAAAAAGUGCCUAAGUAGAAAUUCAGGUCAUCUUCCUUACUUUAAGUUUGAUAAUAACUAAAUUCACUUCAUAGGCAUAAAGUUAUAGAAUUCUAUAAAUUACAUUAUAUCUAUGAUUCGCUCUAAUAUUAAAGCUAACAACAUAAAAUUGAUUCUACUGAAUGAAAAUUUUCUAUGUUGCACAUAGUUUGGACAGCGAAAACAAGUAGUGCACUUACAUUAUCUUAAUCAAAUGUGCAUUAAUGAUCGCAUUUUAACGGAAUAAUUGUAUAAUUUAUAUAUUAUAACCUAUAAAUAUGUCCCACAUUUGAAAAACAAUUAUUAUUUUAUCCAGUAUAUUUUUAAGUAAUCAUCACACAUUGUGUCCUUAAUCAGUGGCGGAUCUAGGAUUUUUUUAUGGUGGGUGCUAUACAUUGAUUAUAAAACUCCUUGGGUACUCAUCAAUUGGGUCAAUUUGACCUAUUUUUUGAUAAUAGUUUACAAAUAAUAUGUUUUGUUCCAUUACUUCCAGGGCCAUGCUAACUUUCAUUGGCACCCCUAUUAAACAAAAAUAUUUAAAAAUUUGUCACCCCCUCAUUAAAAUGUUAUAACUUUUGCCACCCCCUUGGUAAGGCUCUGACAACUUCUACCUGAUAUCUGCUAUCUAACUAAUUUAUAAUAAAAAAAAAGUUCAAUAUGCGGAAGAUGGGUGCUUCAGCUCACAAGCCCUCCCCCUCCUCUAAAUCCGUUGCUGAACUUAAUUAUUCAAAAAAUCUCUGUGAGUAAAAAUAUGUAUAAUAAGAUUUUAAUAAAAAUGUAUAAUACCAUUACUAUUUCAGUUACAUAUCUUUGUUAUCAUAUUUUAUAAAAAACUUAUAAAAGUGAAUGUACAAAUUAAAAUAUAAUAUUUAAUAUUGAGCAAUAAAUAUGUAUCAAUGCCCGCAUA